AUGGCUGCCGUUAUAAAUAAUAUACCAACAACACCAAGUCCCAUUGUAACAUCAACUCGUUUUACUGAUGAAUAUGAUCUUAAAGAAGAACUUGGAAAAGGUGCAUUUUCAAUUGUACGACGAUGUAUACAAAAACUUACAGCACAAGAAUAUGCUGCUAAAAUUAUUAAUACUAGAAAAUUAUCUGCACGCGAUCAUCAAAAACUUGAACGAGAAGCUAAAAUAUGUCGACUGUUAAAACAUUCAAAUAUAGUUCGUCUUUAUGAUAAUAUUGCCGAAGAAGGUUUUCAUUACCUUGUUUUCGAUCUAGUCACUGGUGGAGAGCUAUUUGAAGAUAUUGUCGCUAGAGAAUUUUAUACUGAAGCUGAUGCAAGUCAAUGUAUUCAACAAAUUCUUGAAGCUGUAAAACAUUGUCAUGAUAAUAGUAUUGUACAUAGAGAUUUAAAACCUGAAAAUCUUUUAUUGGCCAGUAAAUCAAAAGGAGCAGCUGUCAAGCUUGCAGAUUUUGGUCUAGCUAUUGAAGUUACUGGUGAACAAACACAAUGGUAUGGUUUUGCUGGAACCCCUGGUUAUCUUAGUCCCGAAGUGCUCAAAAAAGAACCUUAUGGUAAACCAGUUGAUAUCUGGGCUUGUGGUGUUAUUCUUUACAUUCUUCUUGUUGGUUAUCCACCAUUUUGGGAUGAAGAUCAACAUCGUUUAUAUAAUCAAAUCAAAGCUGGAGCUUAUGAUUAUCCAUCACCAGAAUGGGAUACAGUUACAACAGAAGCAAAAAAAUUAAUUGAUUCAAUGCUUAAUGUUAAUCCUAGUCGACGUAUUAGUGCUGCGGAUGCAUUGAAACAUCCAUGGAUUUGUCAACGUGAACGAGUUGCAGGAACAAUUCAUCGACAAGAAACAGUUGAUUGUCUACGUAAAUUCAAUGCACGUCGAAAAUUAAAGGGAGCGAUUCUAUCGACCAUGUUUGUUACUCGUACAUUAUUACCUAAUUCAGCUGCAAUUACUGGUGGUUCUGGAGCAACUAAUGGAAAAAAAUCAACAGCAGUUCCAACCGGUAGUGGUAUAUCACCGGUUACAACUUCUGCUAUAUCGUCAGUGUUUGCUAGUGGAGUUAAUCGUUCUCGACCAACUACUCAAAGUGAUAGUAGUGUUGUUAAAGAAUCUGUGGAUAGUAACAGUGCAACAAUUGAUGAUGCAAAUGAUACUGAACGAACUGAUCGAAUAAAUUCAGAAGUAACAAAAGUAACCGAACAAUUAUUACAAGCUAUUGCUAAUAGUGAUUUUGAAAUGUAUAAAUCAUUAUGUGAUCCAAAAAUCACGUGUUUUGAACCAGAAACAAUAGGCAAUCUUGUUGAAGGAUUAGAUUUUCAUAAAUUUUAUUUUGAUACAGGGCGAUUUUCUCGCUCCGAUACAGUAUUAUCAACUAAACCAAAUAAACCUACAAUUAAUUGUACAAUGUUAACACCAGUUGUACAUCCAUUAGGAGAUGAUUCUGCUUGUAUAGCAUAUAUUCUUCUUCUUCAAUUUCUUGAUCGUAAUGGUCAACCACAAAGUGUACGAACAGAAGAAACUCGUGUAUGGCAUAAAAAAGAUUCACGUUGGUUAUGUGUUCAUUUCCAUCGUUCGGGUAUGCCAAUUGCAACAGCUAUAAAAUCAUCAUUUUCUACAUGA